AAUACCGGUACGUCUGUUUCCCGACUUCCCCUUUAUUAUUUGGUAAAAUAUAUUUUUUCAUAAAAAUGUGAGCUUCACCGACUUCCUCCACCACAUACAUCUCAGUGGAGUUUACAAACUAUCAAUAGAUCUCACAUCAAAUCUCAGUCUUCAUAGAUACUACUAUUCACACAUACACACAAAGACAAAGAGAAAGAGCGAGAGAGAUGUCAAGGCGAUCUGGGGGUUGUUUGAGGUGUUGUUUGGUGGUUUUUGCAGUGAUAUCGGCUCUGUGUGUCUCUGGCCCUGCUCUUUAUUGGAAAUUCAAAAAGGGUUUGAAGCUUGGAGCCUCUUCUUCACCUUCUUGCUCUCCUUGCGUUUGUGAUUGCCCUCCUCCUCUAUCCCUUCUCAAGAUUGCCCCUGGCUUGGCCAAUCUUUCAAUUACAGACUGUGGAGGAGAUGAUCCAGAACUGAAAGACGAGAUGGGAAAGCAGUUUGUGGAUCUGUUGACGGAGGAGAUGAAACUGCAGGAGACAGUAGGGGAAGAGCAUGCCCACCAUAUGAACAUUACCUUUGGAGAAGCCAGAAGAGUAGCUUCCCAGUACCAGAGGGAGGCUGAGAAAUGCAACGCUGCCACGGAGACUUGUGAGCAGGCCAGAGAACGUUCUGAGGCAUUGUUGAUCAAGGAAAGGAAAGUUACUUCCUUGUGGGAGCGACGAGCCCGCCAAUUGGGUUGGGAAGGAGAGUAAGAGUUGCAACUUUAAAUUAUUGUUUCUAUUAUACUUUCUGUGCUUAGCAAAUUAGCAGCAAGUACAUUUGCUCCAAGCUUGUCAUCUUGUCUUGUUAAAACAGAUACAUGUUCUCUCUCUCUCUCUCUCUCUCUCUCUCUCUCUCUCUGUAUUCCUUUUUGUGGGCACAAAUGGCUUACAUCAAUUAAUCUCCAUUUAUAGCAUAUGCACACGUCGGUUAUUUCACUUGCCA